GGAUUAUAGAAGAUGUUUUAGUAUAUUGUUUUUCAGGGUUACAGGUAGGUUAAAAUUGUGCUUAUGGUCAACUUUCCGGAAGUGUGCACUUUUAUGCAAACCUUUCAGAAUUUUUUUUUUUAAAUUGUGUUUACAAGUAAAAAAAAAAACACGGAAAGAAUCUUAGAGUAUGAUGUGUAAAGACCUUAGGGGAAAAUUAACCCACAAAAUUGUUAAAAUUUGUUGGAUUAUAGACUUAUCCUGUCCCCCAAAUUUUUGGGAAAUCUAUCUUUGACUAUAGGCGACAUAACUGAUAAGUAUGUUUAUCCUACACACGUCGCAUUUGAUGAAGUAUCUUUUAAUAUUCAAGGCCCAUAUCUCUCUUGGUUUUGAUAAAGUGGGGCAGUGGAAAGUCGUGACACAUUUAUAAGGCAUACAUCAUUGAACACACUUAACUAAGAUGUAGAAGUUCAGUGAUGUGAAGAAAGUAUUUAUAUAGUCGAAAUUGUUUUCAGUCAAAAUUCAGCAAAUUAACUGGAAAAACUUGCCUUGUAUAUAUUACAACAUCACAGAGUGUAACCUUUUCUAUACCGUAAACUACUUAGAUUUUCACUAGAGACUGAUCGAAACGGUACGCUCGCGCUCAUACAAAUAUUGCGAAAUACUUCAUACUUAAGAUCAUUAAAGUUUCACAAUAUUUGUUAGCUCUUUAAUGAUGUCAUAAUCUUACAAGAUCAGCAUUAGAUAGGUUGUGUUUCCUAGAUGGUGGAAGGUAUUCUCGGUGCGGUCCCCUCUAUUUCCAAACUCCGAGGGAACAACAACGAUGACUGGAUUGAUCGCCUCAAUCAUCGUUACACGGUUAUUCUCCUCGUUAUCUUCGCUGUCGUCGUCAGUACAGGGCAGUUUGUGGGGGAACCAAUCCAGUGCUGGUGCCCGGCCGAGUUUACAGAUGCAUACGAAGCCUACACUACAUACAUCUGCUGGAUUUCGAAUACGUAUUAUAUACCAAUGGAGGAAACCAUUCCAAUUGAUAUUCGUACGCGACAGGAAGCGGAAAUAACGUACUAUCAGUGGGUACCAAUCAUUCUACUUUUCCAGGCGCUAAUGUUUAAAAUCCCUAAUCUUUUCUGGCGAUUCACUCAUAGUGCUUCCGGUGUGAAUCUGAAUAAAAUUGUGGCCAUGGCAGAGGAAACUCAGGUUGGUUCUCCCGAAGACAGAGCGGAAACUAUCAAAAACCUCGCCAACUAUCUCGACAAAUGGUUGGGGACUUAUCAAGAAUACAGAAACAAUAUAUUUGUCCGUGCCAAGAAAAAAGCAGAACGAUUUUGUUUCUUCAUCUGCGACCGCCGAGGUGGGACAUAUCUAAUUGGUCUCUUCAUUACCAUCAAGGUUGUCUACAUGGCUAACGUUAUUGGACAAUUUUUCAUUCUAAAUGCGUUUAUGGCGACCAAAUACAACCUUUACGGGUUUGAAGUGAUUCAAAGUUUGAUUGACAACGAACCGGUGAUGGAGUCCCCGCGAUUUCCGCGCGUCACCCUCUGCGACUUCCAGAUCAGACAACUUCAGAACCUUCAACGAUGGACAGUACAAUGCGUACUUCCUGUUAAUCUAUUCAACGAAAAGAUCUUUAUUUUCCUGUGGUUUUGGUUUUUUCUGAUCGCCUUUCUGACAGCCAUAAAUCUUUUGAAAUGGUUAUUCUACCAGCUAUACCAAAAUAAUAAAGUGCAAUAUGUUAAAAAGUACUUGAAAAUAAACAAUGAAAUCAACACAGGUUUCGAUAAGAAGUUGUGUGCAAAAUUCUCCAGGGAAUAUCUCAGAAAUGACGGAGUAUUCCUUAUGUAUGUGAUUUCUAAAAACGCUACAAAUAUGGUUGUUACAGAUCUGUUGCACGAACUCUGGAAAAUCUUUAAGGAAAAACACAAGCCACACUCAAACAAUUUUGACGAGCCUCUUUUGAACAGUGAAAAAGAACCUCUUGAAGGAGGACAUCUACACAACAGCUCAGCUUAGAUCGAAAAAUGAGUGCUAGCUCAAACACCGAGGAGGUACGAAAAGUCCUUCCGACUUCCGUUGAGUAGAAACUAGUGUUUCGAAUUCCCCGGAAGUGACAUAACCACAGCCACUUCCGUUGAGAAGAAACUAGUGUUUCGAAUUCCCCGGAAGUGACAUAAUCACAGCCCCAGGACUGUGAAUACCAGAAUUGUCAAUCGAAGAGAGGGAAAGUACUCUUAUAAAGAAAUGCUUUCGAAAUUCGAUCAGAAAGACAAUUUUAUUAGGUGCUAUGAAUAUGCAGUUUUUCAUUUUCAGUCUAAAUUUGAAAAUGGAUAUUUCAGGACAAAUUAAUAUUCAACUUCAGACUAAAAAUGAUUAAACGCGACAGAUUUAUGCAUACCGGUAUAUAUAUUAGUAGUCUGCUUAAUGUCUCAUUUCUUACCGAUAUUAGUAACAUGGUAUUUGUAAGGCUUUUUUUUUUUUGAAAACGACUCGCAUUCUCGAAGAUAUUAUCUGUUUUUGCAUUGAUAUACAUUAUACAUUUUUUUCAGUCGCAGAAUCGGUUUGUUUAUUUUGUAUUUUUGGCGUUAUUAUUUGCUUCGUCUGUGGCAUUAUUUGUAAAUCACUGUGAUUAACAUUGAUGUUAAACUACACACAAUAAUGGUGCUAUUCAUCUAAUCAGUAGCCAUUAUGAUUGGUAAAUCUUUGACAUUUAUUACAAGAAUGAUUUCUGAAUUCAAAUAAUAAUACCGGAAUGUGAUUUAUUUGUUUUACUUACAUAUCAUCAUGAGUUCUAUGCUUGUUUCAGAAGGUAACAAUAUUCCUUGCCAAAAUAUAUGGAGUGUUUUUGACUUUUUUUUUUUUUGUGGAUUUUUUUCUUUAUACAUGUAUAACUCAUAAAAAAAAGUUAUGUUUACAUUUUGUAAGCUAACAAAGUGUACAAAUUUUCAUAGUAAAACAAUUCCAAACGUA